ACAACGUAAGCUGCCAAUACACGAGAGUUUUUUGAUAGUAGCGUUUGCUUUAAUAACAAUCACGUAACUAUGUUUUGACAGUGUGUAGUUAUCUCUUUAAAAGGUAUUAGGGGACUGAAAGUUGUAGAUGGUGUACUUCUAGUUGUCAAUGUGUUUUUAUUGGUUUAAGUACAUAUAAGGAUGGCUCUCAAGGGAUGGAGACGCGUACUGAACAGGGUGAUAUACAUACCCCAGCGUUAUGUGCUGGGCAUCAUGGGGCUGUUGGCCCUGGCCAACUCCUUCACUAUGAGGGUCUGUCUCUCCAUGACCAUCACGCAGAUGGUCCUCCACACGGAGUCCUCGGAACACAUCGUGGGGGAAACGUGUCCAGACCCUGAAGUCGAUGUGAUAACUAGUGUGACUAAUGAGACUAUUGUUGUUAGUACGCCCCGCGAACGCUACGACUGGGACGAAGCAACCCAAGGCUUGCUUCUCAGUGCGUUCUACUACGGCUACGUCAUAACCCACUUACCUGGUGGACUGUUGGCAGAGAAGUUCGGAGGCAAAUGGACUAUUGGCUUCGGUCUGUUAUCCACGUCCAUUGGCAUGGUGUUGACGCCAUGGGCCGUUUCAGUGGGGGGCGCAGUGGGCCUGUUCAUUAUACGCGUCAUUGAAGGUUUUGGAGAGGGUCCAGUUACCCCCUCCUUCGUACUAUUACUGGCAAGAUGGAUCCCACCAGCAGAAAGAUCGACGUUUGGUGCCAUGAUAUUUGGCGGUGCCCAAAUCGGGAACGUGAUUGGCCCAUACAUCUCUGGUCUUAUUCUGGCAAACACCGGAGAUUGGGCUUAUGUCUUCUACUUCUUUGGAUUUUUGGGAAUUUUGUGGUUUAUUUUUUGGGUAUUGCUCUGCUACAGUACACCUAACGAGCACCCAUUCAUAUCGGAUGAAGAGCGAGAUUUCUUGAACAAGAACGUGACUGCGUCUGGUCUCCACAAGAAACUCGAUCCAGUGCCUUUCAAAGCCAUCUUGAGAUCAACCCCGCUGUGGGUCUUAGUUUUGGCAGCCGUCGGCCAUGACUGGGGCUACUUCACAAUGAUCACUGACCUUCCCAAGUACUUCUCCGACGUACUGAAGUUCAACAUCAAGCAGACCGGCCUCAUGUCGGCUCUACCAUACGUGGCCAUGUACAUUUUCUCGUUUAUUUUCGCAUUCACGUGCGACUAUUGUAUAAAGAAGAGAUGGCACAAUAUUACGACGGGAAGGAAGAUUUACACCACCCUAUCAUCUUCCAUACCGGCACUGUUCACUAUUCUGGCGUCAUACUCCGGCUGCGACCGCACAGCAGCUGUUGGCCUCUUCAUAGCCUGCAUGGCCUUCUAUGGCGGUUUCUAUAGCAGUAUCAAGAUCAACGCCAUGGACAUCGCGCCGAACUACGCCGGCACAUGUUCGGCGUUCUCCAACGGGAUCGCAGCUAUUGCUGGGAUUAUCAUGCCUUAUUUGGUUGGAUUGUUGACUCCUGACCAAACAAUCGGACAAUGGCGUAUCGCAUUCUGGACCGUAUUCGCUGUACUCAUAGGGACGAAUAUUCUGUACGUCAUUUGGGGUUCCGGAGAACAGCAGUGGUGGGAUGACGUCGACAAAUUGGGAUACCCACCAAACUGGAAGCAUGGACCGUUGAAGAAAAGAAACCCUGACGUGGAGAAAGAGAAGAAAGUAGUUCACCCAAAGCACGACCACUCGCCAGUAUUGAGUUAAAAUGUAAUGUGUUUUAUAAAAUAUGGUAACAAGUGCCUGCCUACUUUUGUCAAACAAAUGUUAUUAAAUGUUACAUAUCAAAUGGAUGGUAGGCGUGGGUAAAUUAAGUUUUACAUAGGUAUUUGCAGUCAUAUAAAUACCAGGUGAACCACCAAACUGUAUUGAAAGUCCAGUUAUCAGUCUAAGGCUGAGUUGCACCACCUAACUUUGACGGUAACUAUGACGAUAACCGGUGCUUUUUGUAUGGAGCUUGACAGAUUUUUGACGUUUGUCAAAGUUAAAGUAAGAUGGUGCAACCCAGCCUAAGACUCGUUUUGGUUAUUCACGUUGCUUAAAUCAAAUGCAUCAAAAUCUAAUUGAAGUUAUCGGAAUUUUAGAUGAAUUAUUAUGCUUGUAUUAAGCUUUUUUACUGAUAUUUUCGUUUUUAAGGUGUUUAUUAGUGAGUUAUUUGUAAAGCAAGCGUGAUAUCAUAUCCACAAUUUAAUGACAGAUCUUGUACAAUUUAUUACAUUUUGUUGCACAGUAUUCUAGUAAAUACUUAAGAUACCAUGUAUAUUGAUUUUUGGUCAUCCAUUGACGGAGGUAGGUACUUUAGUUAGAUUAGGUUUAGGUUACAAUUACCAAGUUGUAAAAAAAAACUGUUCAAUAGAUUAUUAUUGUGAAAAACUGGUCAAUUAGUAUUUUUAAGCUUAUCAACAAUGUUUCCAUAUUCCACGUAAUCAAGCUGACUUUUCGUAAGAGAUGAAUGAGAAUGAUUAAAAUUAAGAUUUGAGAGUAGAGAGGUGGUUUAUUUGCCACCUCUACAUUGUAAGUUGUUUACAUAAUAAAUCUCCUAUGUCAUUGGUAA